AUGGUUGCCACGGCCAUUGCCAAGGCUCCAAUUUUCUUCCGAAUCGCUCCUUCUCCCUCGAUGCGCGAUCUGGCGUUCUGCCUGAUCAAGCUCUUUUCCUUCCCGUCUUGGGCCUCGUUCCCGCUCCAGCCCUCACAAUGUAUGACGCAUGCUUUGCAUAUCACCCGUCACGCACGGCUCCCCGAAGCCUCCUCGGAGGAGGUUCGUGCCGCGGUUCUUGCGCGUAUCUCGUCCCUGAUCAACGGGCAGGCGUUCAACGGCGUCAUCCCAUCCUUUGAAUCUGCCGCUGGGCGCUUGAUCGGUCAGCACCCCGCUCCCGCGGCCUUCAAAAAGGACCCUGGCCUUCUGCUCAUCGGCGUGGAUCUCGAUGUGGAGGUCUGGACAUGCGCGCUAUGCGACUUUGACUGUGGUUUGGCGAUGGACAGCGCCAUGUACCACCUGAACUCCGAGCUUCACCGCAAGCGUCUGCAGGAGUCGGCACACCUGCCUGCAGUCAAGGACAAGAUCUGCACGGACUUCUUUCAGAAGCUCUAUGGCGGCUCCCAAUCGGUCCUGGUCGACCCAUCCUUCUGGAAUCUCAUCCCCACAUCUCAAAUUCCCCCUGCCGCUUUCUCCCGCCUCUCCCUUCCUUUUUCCUUGGCAGAAAUCUCUAAAGCCAUUUCUUCUCUUCCCAAGGGCAAAACCCCAGGACCGGACGGGUUGCCCGACGAGCUGUUUAGGAAGUUCAGCCCGCAAUUUGCCCCGAUCCUUGACUCCCUUUUCAACGACUCCCACCACAAGCUUCCCCCGUCCAUGUUACAGGGCCGCACCGUGUUAAUUCCAAAGAAGGGAGAUGCUACCAUGGUAGACAAUCCGCGCCCCAUCACACUUAUGAACACGGAUUAUAAAAUCCUCGCCAUCUGUCUGGCUAACAGACUCCAACCCCUCCUACCCUCUCUGAUCCAUCACUCCCAGUCCGCCUUCAUUAAAUCCCGCAGGAUUGGCAACACAUUGAACGACACCUUGGAUAUCUUUGACUGGGCCUCGGCCCAAGGACUCUCCCUUCUUGCGCUCACGGUUGACAUCCGCAAGGCGUACGACCUUGUUGAUAGAGAAUUUCUCUUCUCGUGUCUUGCUCACCCCGGCCUCCCCCCCCUCUUUAUCCAUUGGGUGCGGCUAAUGCACACAGGCACCUCUACACGGAUUUCUGUCAACAACUUCUGCGGCCCUUCCAUCCCGGUUCGCUCUGGAGUUCGACAGGGCUGUCCCCUUGCCCCGCUUCUAUUCCUAUGUGUCAUAGAAGUCUUUCACCGUCAUGCUUCCUGCUUCCUCCCUGGCUUUCCCAUUUCCCGCACCCAGCGUCGCCUGAUGGCAUGCUAUGCAGACGACAUUACCAUCUUUUUGAACUCUGAUGUGGAACUACAGAAGGCCUCUCAUGCUCUUCUUUCCUUUGCCUCGGUCUUAGGGGAAUACCCGAACUGGUCCAAAUGUUCCCUCAUCCCUUUUAACUUCAGGUCAGACGACAUCUUACACGCAGGAGACAUCCCUAUCCGCCAGCCUGCGGAGUUCGAGCGCAUUCUAGGCAUCUUUGUUGGAAGUUCCGGAGACACCAGCCGUACAUGGGAGUGUGCCCUUGCCAAGGUCAAGGGCUCGGCGAACUUGCUGGCCAACCUUCACGCCACCGCCUCAUGCCGCAAGAAUCUGGCUUCUGAGCAACUUAACUCUGUCCUCACUUUCCCUGGCAGAUUCCAGCCCCCACCCUCCCCCACCACCAAAGCUUUAGAUGCCACGGUCGGCAACUUCCUCUCCUCCUCCAAAUUCCGCUCUGCAGGCAGAACGACCCGGCUCCUAACACAUGCAGUGAUCUACAAUAAGGUAGAGCACGGGGGGCUCGGUGCCAUCAGGCCAUCCGCCCAAAUUAAGGCCCUCAAUGCCCAACGUGCUCUCCGUCGGUUCUCCCCCCUCCCUGACUCCGCCGUUGCUAGGUCGUGUGUUCCACUUCCUUUCGGUUUGCACGGUUUUCUCCUGCAUAAAGACUUCAUAUCCGCUCUCCCCCCUACGGUUCCGAUCCGCUUACAGGAAGAAGUUCGUUGCUUGCUUCAACUCCCCCUGGACAUCUCCCCCCCACGCCUCGAGUUCUGGUGCAUUCUAGCAGAACCCGUCCCCUUCAACAGAUUCAUCCUGAACAAGGACGGCCGUCCUUUUGGCCGUCUGCAACACGAGUCUUUCCUCCUCACCAAGGAAGUCCGGGUGGGCAAUCUAGUACGAAGGGAAGGCGGAGGUGCUAGACGGUUGACUAACCCUGAAAUCAUGGCACAAUACCCGCCCAGUGAAUAUCCAUGCAGCCGCAGAAUUGUCAACGCGGUAUACGACGCCAUCCCGAGAGAAUGGUGGGCUGCGCUCGCGUCCUCUCACAGCCUUGUUCCUUUCUACGCUGGUGACUGGGUUCUUAUGGCGGCCGACAUGUUUUCCCCGCCUCGGCAGGCGUUUGAGGUGGAGGAGACCCUUUCCAACGGCUCCUUCUAUGCUAAUUUGUUCGAUGUUUCUUCUACAGGUCGCAUUGGUACCCUCGCGGCGGAACGAAGGCAGCUAUCCCCACAUGACGUGGUCCACAUUCACGUUCAGGAUCGCUGGCUGUGCGGCUCCUUCUGCUCCGGAGCAGGUCUAGCGGCUCGCUUCCCUCUACUGGACGAGGGGAUGCCCUCACUCGCUGCGACAGGAACCGACACACCCGUGGAAAUGGGCUAA